GGAUCAUCAUGGAGAUGGAAAUACUGUGCUCGUCACUGCCGCGUAUGAAAUCCUAUGGCCGAGGGAACGAGCUCUCCGGGAACGUGCUAUGUACAAUCGAUCGAGCGAUUUUCACGAUCAGAUAAUAUCGUUUGGCUGCUCCGUACAAAGGGACAGAUUUUCACGUAUCCAGAAAAUUCAGAAACGAUAGAUUUUCUCUCGGGGGAACGUAGAAUCGACAUUUCAUUUUAUCGGGAUAUGACAAAGGGAUUACGUUUUAAAAUGCUCGAAUAUAUCAAGGAACGUAACAAUCACAACGAUCGCGAGAUAUCAUAAUCGUUCCGGUAGCUCGUCGUUUGGACAACUUACGAGGCGCCGGGAGAAGAAGAGAUGAAAAGAGAAUAAAGGCGGAACAGUCGCGGCUUCUGAGAAAGCAGUCAUCAUCGAGGGUGGAAAGCGUAAUGCACCAAAUUUAGGUGAAGAGAUGACGGUGAUGCCGUCGACUUCCGAUGUCGCUGACAAGGCAGUCUCAACAAACGAUGGUAGCGGCGGCGUGGAGGUGGCACGUCUCGAAGCCGUCCUCGCUGCUCUGGUGGAAACAAAGGUGGAGGCGAUGAAGGCAUCAUCGACGCUCGGUAGACGUUCUGGCAGUGCACCAACCAGUCCGCGUCGUCCAAGAUUGACCUCUACCUCCACGGCCUCCUCGUCGCUGAACCAUCAUCAUCAACAUCAUCAUCAACACAGAAGGAAGAGUCAUCAUCAUCAUCACCAUCAUCCCCAUCACCAUCACCAUCGCCGUAGGCGACACGAUUCGGCUCCCUGCGAUUACAUCGAGGAUUCGAUGAGUCAUCAUCAACACAAAUCACAUCAUGGUAAAGGAAGACGAAGAGCUUCGGAGAGUCCACGAAGUCCACGGAAGAAACGCAGGCAUUCGAAGAGUCCUCGUGUUCUUCAAAGUGCCCUGCCGGAUAUUCAAGCCGGUCUCGAAACGCGUCUCGAACUCCUUGACAUGAACGGCGAGCAAGAUCUGGCAUUGAUAAACUUUGAAAGGACCAGAGAGGCUCUUAGCGACUCCUGCGAGUAUCCGCGGCUGCACCGAAGUGCCUGCUACUUUUCCCAAAGCACAGCUCAAUUGAAGAUUCACUACGACGAGGACGAGGACUACUUGGCUCUGAACAUAGCCGACGAGUUGGAAGAGGAAGAAACUCUCAGCGGUCCUGAAAGGAUUGAGGAACCCAGAGAAACUUAUCACAGGCCACGAAAAAAGCGGAAACGAAAGCGCCGACGAAUCGAGUCCGUUGGACCCGAGGAAGAAAUUGUUGAUCCGGAGGAACUACCACCUCGAGCGAGGUGGACGAUAGUUGCCACGGCUUGCCUACUUUUGGCUAUGUCCUUGCUUCUGGUCGGUGUCACCCUCAGAAUGGCACCGAUCAUCGACGACAUGGGAGAUGGAAGAAGAGCAAGCGUGUCGAAGAAGAACAGAACACGCAGAAGUGGAACAACGCGACGAAAGGAUUCGGUUCGUCCUGCCAGAACCGAAGCCAAAGACGCAAGAAAAGUCCUGGAAGAAGAACAGGAAAACGAGCAGUCGAGACGUCAUCGUAGAGUAGCCAUGAUCGUCCUGGGAACGUUCUUGUUUCUUUUGGCUGCCUCGAUUCUCGUAGUCGUCGUCACUUUGACUCAUAGUUCUUUUCUCAGCCCUCCUGCAGGCUCCAAGGAGUUAAUCAAACAUCGUGCUCAACUUCGCAAAGAGAACGAAGAGCUGCUAAACUCCCUGAACAGGGAAUAUGUGCCAGUUAACGCAACGGCAUCUCCCUGAGGGCUACGAUUUCCAAGACGAAGGAUGUACCCUGUUUGCUUUCGGAGCUUUUCAAUCAACGCCACGCUUCGUCGAGAAAUUCGAGCAAGAUUUUUCAGUGAAGAUACGUUCAAAAUACGUACAUUUUAAACGGCCGUAGGCCUUCCUCGUUUCGAGUAACGACCAAUGAACGUUUUCUCACGUCUUUCUUCUGAUACCUCUACUCUACGAUUUCUCUAUGUUUGUCAUACCUUCUUCAAAGAGAAAUCCCAUGCAAAGUUUAAUUAUUGAUAAUCAUUGGUAAUGCCAGGUAAUAUUGAUGGAUUUCAUCGAUAGUUAGUUAGCAAGUUCUCUAAUUAGCUUUACUUAACUAGCCCCAACAUCGAAAUAUUGUUUUCAAAGUACUGUUUGAGUUGCAGCAUUAAGUAACACCUUAUCAAUAGAUAGUAGUGCAAUCAGCGUGAAAGGAGGAAACUUUGAAUUGGUCGAUUUCACGAAGUCGAAGAAGGAAUCAACAACGGAGAUAUAUAUAUAUAUAUAUAUAUAUAUAUAUAUAUUUCAAGUUGUCGCUAAUAUUUAUCGACGACGUUAAAUGUCGUUCCUGUGAGAACGCACAGGUAUCAUUGGCAGUGACUACUGCUUGUUGUGAUCUACAAAUUUUGGAUCGUUAUUGUUGUUGGUACAGCGAAUGUCGAUAAGGUCCUUGCACUUUCUAAAUUUUCUCGACGAAUUCCACUUCGUGGACUGUUUUAUAAUCCUUGUUCCAGAAAGAAUUCGCAAAGACACGACUCGACAAUCGUUCGCAUACCGAAUGCCGACAACGAAAGAAAUAGUUAAACUCUAGUCACGAGGAUCGCUGUUGAGAGUCAUUCGAGAUAAAAAGGAUCGAGAGUACAAAUAUUUCGAACGAGAAUGUUUCUGAUAAAUCAAUCGACGUAAAAAGAAAUUCGAGUCUCGAUCUUUCUAUCCUUGGAUGCGUUCUUGGUUAGAUUUUAUCGAUCGAUCAAUAGCUUCACUUACGAUACAUAGAGAGCCAUGUAAAUACAAUGUUCAUUAUUAUCUGUCGAUCGUAAGAAUUACAAAGAAUAAAAAGAAAAAACUAACGACGAGGACAAAGAGCCAAAAUUAUUGUUGUCAAUUGUUUGUAUGAUAUAAAAUUAUUAUUAUUGUCUUUUAGAGAAUAUACGAUCGCGUAUAUCCAGAUUUAGCCUGUAUAACGUUAGCAAUUAAGAAAGGAUCGCAAGCGAUCGAGUUACAGCUCCUUUUUUUAACGAUUCGAUUCUUCGCCGGAUCGAUCGAUCUCGAACACGAAAUUGAAUUGGUUUUUAUGACACAACGGGUAUGUACCAAAGCAGAGAUAUUCGCAAUUAUUAAUCGACAUCGCUUCGUUACAAACUCAGAAAGUUCUUUAUCGGUAUGUUAAUCGAUCAUUCGUUUCUGAAGUAAAUAAAAAAAAAAUCUCGUCAGAA